AGGCUAUUUUAUCAAUCUGCGGGCCCCUCCUCCUAGGGAGAGACUAGAGGAAGAGAGAGAGAAAGGAGGACAGAAAAGAAGCGAGGAGUGGACUAUCUAUCGCAAGGGAGCACACAGCAAUGGAUUCCCAGACGCAAAACACAUCUCUGCAGCGCCUUCAAAACGUCGAAAAGACAGUGGUUAGGGUUUUGGAGGUAGCAGGAGCAGUAAUGGAUGAGCUUUCAAAUCCAACAGGUCCUCGAAAAGAAUUCAUCAACAAUCAUUGCCGUGACUUCAUGCAAAUGAUCAAGGAUAUUCAGUUUACUUUGAGGAAUGAAAUAAAAAGUGCUUGUGAGUAUCGUCCCUUCGAGAAGAGUGAUUACACUUGUAGAAUCUCUAAUGAAAUCUGUCUCAGCAAAUUGGAACACAUCCUUUCUCAAUUGGAUCUCAUCACCCAAACUAUCACUCCUCAAUACCACCAUGCCCAUGAUUCUACUGCUUCCUCUCCCAUGGAUUUCUAGGUCUUGGAGAGGAGAUUCUACUUUCUGGUUUUUCCAAUAUCUGUAAGCAUGUGCCUUUGACUAUGCUGAUUGUUUCUUGAUCAUCAGCUACUUCACAUGUGGGGUCUCAAUGUUGUCAAACAAUCACCCUUGUUCUUUUGUUACUGCCACCUUAUCUAAACCUCCUGUUUAAAUUUUCUUCAUCUAUCUAUCCACUUUACUGUAAGUUUUCAUCUUAGACAUAUGUGCUAGCUCCUCGAUAGACUAAUGAGCUUUUUUCAUACAUUAUUGGCGUGUACUCAUUUAUUUAUCUAUUCCAUUUCUGAUAUUGAUUUUUCGA